CAGAUGGUUCGUGCUUGUGUUAUUUAUAUCGUCAUCGAAUUUUGUGCAUUGCUUUCACUGGAAUCGAAUUAAUCUACUGUGCGUAGGUUUAAAUUGGUCGUACACAAUUCCAGCGACGAUGGCGAACAGAGUACAAGGAAACAAAAACGCCAAGUUCAGGAAUGCGAAGAACAAGAAAAUCACGGGCGGUAUCAAAAAGAAGGUGGUCAAGGCCCGUGUGCAAGAUGCCAGACAGAAGAUCAUACAGAAAAAACGAACGACAGUGGUCGAUGCCCGCGACGUCCUGGCGAAAAUGGCCAAAACUAAAGACGCCCGCAGCAAACUCAACAAAAUAAGGGAAAAUCAGCCCGGUCGUUCCCGUGCCAACGAAAAUGUUAAAGUAAUUGGAGGCCACAUUGUUCAAAAAACGGAUCGCAACGGCAAAAUCAGCCUGACAACAAACAAACCGAAGCCGAAGUCUGAUAUGAAUAUGACCAUUAGAAAGCAAUUGGGGUUGGUAGCUCAAGGACGAGUCAGUCCUAAAAAAUCGCCGGUCAAAAGACAUGUGGCGCAGAAAGCUAAUCCCCCAUUACACAUUAAGAAAACUAUUAUGAAUAAUAUUGAUUUGGCACCUUUAAAUGCCAGGUUACAAAGGAUGGAACGGCUGUAUGAUAGUGGUUUGUACAAGUGGACCAACCCAGAUAUCAGAACAGCCUCACAGAUGAUUGGGUCUUUAGAUCCUCACAGACAUAUUGCCACUAGCAAUAUUUUAACCAAUGGGUGGCCUGAAUAUCCCAUCAUGGCCAAAAAGCCUGGGAGGUUGCUACAAACAAGUUACAUAGAUUUAGAUGCUGUUGAUGAUGAGGAAAUGCCAUUAAUGCCUCCACUGAGACAACCUAUAGCUUUGCAAGGGACCUCCAGACUAUCAAACAUUCAUUCUAGAUUAGACAGUCACCCGAUACCAACUGAAACAACACAUGGAAUUUUAGGCCAGACCAAAACUAAAGUUGUUGUUCCAGCUGGUCACAGGAUUGUUGUCUCAAAUUUGCAGAGUACGGUUUCACAAGAUGAUAUAAAGGAGUUGUUUGAAGAUAUUGGGCAGUUAUUGGCGGCCCGUUUGGUCCGUCCUGGUGUCGCCGAGGUGAUCUACAGGAGUCUGAAGGAUGCGCAGAAGGCGGUCGACACGUAUCACAACCGACAGUUGGACGGGCAACCGAUGAAAUGCCUUCUGGUAAAUAAGCGACCAUUAAAUCACCCUACAGCUCCCGCACUCUCAAAGACAGAUUCACAAGGUACAGCCGCUAGGAGUGCAUUGGAAUCGUCCGACUCUGCUAAGUUAGUGCCUGAUAUCAACACAAUCCAUAAAGUUUUGUUCCAGAGGAAAUAACGCACUUGAUGCGGGCUCAGCUGUCUAGAAUUAUAAGAAUUAUAAUUAUUUUUUAUGAAAUUUGAUUUCUUUAAUACUUCGUUCUAUGAUGUGUGUAAAUUUUCGUUUAAUAUAUUUGACAUACUAA